AUGUCUAGUGAUUACUCAGGUCCGUUCAAUAAUACUUUGCAACUUCCCCCAGCCAACCUGCUGGCGAUCGUCAUACUAUUGCGAGGACGGUGUGGACUCUCUGGGUGCACCACCUAUUACUUGGUGGGGAUAGCGGUGAGUGAUUUUCUUGUGAUCAUCACUGGGUGCAUCCUGAAUCGGAUCGGUGGCAUUUACUUCCGACACAGCACACUGUCCACGACCACUGCCUGCGCAGUCAGCACUGUGAUGAUCUAUACCAGCCGAGAUGGCUCAGUCUGGCUGACCGUGGCAUUCACCAUCGACCGUUUCGUGGCCAUAUGCUGCCAGAGUAUGAAGACCAGAUACUGCACUGAAAAAACUGCAUCACUGUUCAUUGGAGUGGUUUGUGUCCUAAGCUGUAUCAAGAACCUGCCUUCCUACUUUGUCUACCAGCCCUUGUACAUUGUGGACGGGAUUUCCUGGUUCUGUGACUUCAGAGAGACGUACUAUAACUCACCUGCAUGGAAAUCCUAUGACUGGCUGAAUCACAUCUUGACGCCUAUUCUCCCGUUCCUUCUUAUUCUACUGCUCAAUGCCAUGACUGUUAGAUACAUCUUGGUGGCCAGCAGUGCCCGAAGGAGGCUUCGGGGCUUGGCGAGCCACGGAGACUCAGAAAUGGCCAACCGCAAGAGGUCCAUCAUACUGCUCUUCACUAUCUCGCUCAGUUUCCUCCUUCUAUGGGUCACCUAUGUCGGGCGCUUCCUCUAUGUGCGGGUUACAGGUGAGGCAUAUUUCAGUGGCUUAGAUUUCACUGACCCACAGUUUAUUCUCCAAGAAACGACGAACAUGCUGCAAAUAUUAAGUUCCUGCAACAACGUCUUCAUUUAUGCAAUAUCCCAGAACAAAUUCCGAGAUGAACUGAAGAAGGUGAUGUUGUCUCCCUUCACAUCUCUCGCUGUGUGCAAAUAA